AUGGAGGUCCCUGCAAACAAGAUCCCAACAAUUUUAAUCGUUGGAGCUGGUAUAGGUGGGCUUAGUUUUUACCAGUCUGUUCGAAAAAAUCUUGGUAAAAAAUUUCAUGUUAAAAUAUUCGAUCGUGAAACAAGUCCUCAAGAUCGAUGGCAAGGUUAUAAUAUAUUCUUGAAUAGAAAAGGUGUUACCUCUUUACUCUAUUGCACACCACCUGAAGUUCAAGCUCGUCUUCCCGAAGCAAUACCAGGUUCAACUCCUAGGGAAUGUCAUACUUUGGCGCUUACCGAUCAUGUUGGGAGAUAUCUACUUUAUCUACCACAUCAACAAACCAAAAAUAUCUUUGAAAUAGAACCUCUUAAACAUGAUUUCGCUGGUAUAGUUGCAUAUCGCAAUAUAUUAAGAGAUGUUUUAUCGGAAGGUGUUGAUAUCCAAUGGGGUAAAAAAUGUGUUGGUUAUGAAGAAAGUGAUGAUGGUGUUUGGGCAUUGUUCGAGGAUGGAACGAGAGAAUUUGGUGAUUUAUUAAUUGGUGCUGAUGGAAUUAAUUCUCCAAAUAUCGCUGUACCAAAACAUUUAGCCAACAAAUCGAUGUCUAUUUAUUCAAAUUCAGUAGUACAGGAAUCUCUUGGCAAAAACGGCGAUUUUCAUUUUGCCGUGUUUCGUUUUAUACCAAUCGAUCAAUCUGAUGAACCAACUUAUAGGAUUACUCUUGCAUACAUUUAUCCAACAAAAUUUGAUAUUAAAGAUAAUAUAUCGAUUGACGAUGAUAAUCCUGAAUCUGUUAUCAAACAUACGAUUUCAAGAAUUAAACAAUUACGUCCACCUUGUGAGUUAACCGAUUUAUUAAUUGAAUUAUUUUCGUGUGUUCCAUUCUCCCAUCUGGGCGAAAAGUAUCCGUUUCGAACAUAUAAUCCUCCACGACGUCGUCAAUUUCUUGAUGUUUAUCCAUUAUCCGUCCCGCCCUGGAAAAAUGAUAGAAUAGUUUUGUUAGGUGAUGCUGCGCAUGCUAUGAAUCCAAUAUUAGGAUUAGGUGCAAAUAAUGCACUACAAGAUGCCGAUUUAUUGACCAAAGAAUUACGUAAUUACGAGAAUGAUAAUUUAGUCGAAUGUAUUCGACGAUAUAACGAGCAAAUGCGAGUUCGAUCAUCUAAAGAUGUCAUGGAGUCACGUAACAUGAUAUUAGAUCAUCAAGAGUCAGUAGGAAAUUUUGGAAGUAUAAUUCCUAUUUACGAUUCAUUUCAUUAUUUGUCAUAUAGGGCCUUUGCAGUAGAAAAGGCCUAA